AUGUCACAAAUUUAGGCUUUAUGCUCAAAAAAUGCAAAUGGUUUUUCCUGUCUGCUCCAUUAAACUUCAACCCUUAUCCUCCAUCUCUCUCUCUCUCUCUCUCACACACACACACACAAAACACACUCAGUUUCUCUCUCCACAGACACUGUCCGAUUGAACACAAUGAGCAGUUUGAGUUAUGAAGAUCUGCUUAGAAAAAGGAAAAUGGUGAUGGGAGAGUUAGUGAGAGGAAAAGAAACUGCAACCCAACUCAAAACCCUACUGCAGAAGCCUGUUAAUGAUCAUAGAUCAGUUUUAGCUAAGGAACUUUCUGUCAAAGUCUUUAGAUCUUUCACUGAGAUUCUUUCUAUGCUCAAUUAUGGUGGCGGUGCGAAUAAGAGAUCCCUGACAGCCGGCGGUGACCUCGGCGGCUCAUACUGUUCAGGUGAGAAUAAUAAGAGGCCAAGAGUCAAGGAUCGGAGGGGCUGCUACAAGAGAAGAAAGACCAGUGACUCAUGGACAACAAUUUCUCCAGCGAAGGAAGAUGGUUGUGCAUGGAGGAAAUAUGGACAGAAAAUUAUUCUCAACGCAAAAUAUCCUAGGUAAAUAUUAAGACAUCGGUACUGA